GACAACAGAUAAUAUGAUUCCUUUUUAUUGUUACUGCUGUUUGAAAUUUCCCUGAAGGAAGAGGUGGGAAAGAAUCAUACCUUUAGUAAACCAGUUAAACAGGAAGGGAAGCUUCUGACGACUAAGUUACACCCCCUUCGUGUUGAAAGCAUAUAGGUCAUCUGAAUGUGUCUGUGAACAGGAAGAAAUAGGAGACUAUAUCCUUCUAACAAAUUGUGUGUUUCAGUGGGGGUAUGUAGCUUCAGUUAUGAACAAUACUCUUUUGACCCUGGAAAUAUUGUAAAAGUUCUUUGAGGAAUAAGACUGAAGAUAAAAAUCAGCUAUGGCAUAUUUUGGAAGGGUUCCUUUCUUAUAUGAUGAAUAUCAUGAAGGACACACUGGGGACCAAGCACCUUAUCCAGUGUACCAUUCUGAUUCUAAUGGAGACAUCCACCUAGGAUUUGAUCAAAUAGCUGAUGAAGUCAGCAAUGAAUUUUUUUUUUAUGGUUCAUCACAUUCACAUCAUCAUGAAGAACAUUUUUUCACAUCAGACAACUUUGGUCUGAAUGUGCCAGAGAAGCAUUUCUGUGGUCAGCCUCCAGUUGCUUAUGACGAAGUUCACCCUGCAAAUCCAGUAUCUCAUUGGCAACAAGGCACAGUGUCACCAGCGAUUGGUUUCAAGUCUUCUUUACUGUCUGAUGACAGAAACUUCUCUCUGGUGGAUUCCUACCCUUACAGUCAAGAGAGAGAAAUCUUCAGAGGGAAUCAUGUAACUACAGUCCCAAAUGCGUUUGAUUCAAAUGUGGAGAUAGGCAACACAUAUUUUCAGAUAGGUUUUGACGAUGUAGAUGCUCAACGUCCUGUUUUCUUAGACAACUACCCAUUUGCACAAGUGAGAGAAGAAAGCAGAAAUGGGGAGGGUUAUUUAAUCAACAGUUCCAAUAGAUACAGCAUAGGACCUACUUGGCCCAGCAGCUCUGGACAUGACAGAGAGGUUACAGGUUGGUCUAUCCAGCUGGUUGAAGCAAAUCAAGGGAGUAAUGAAAACACGGUUGCUUUUUGCAAUGCAGUGGAGGAAAUCAGAAAUGCCUAUCCUGCUUAUGACUUGAAGACAAACACUGGGAAAAUCUGGAGUGUUACAACAAAGUUCCCAGACCAUAUUCUUGGUGAAUCAAGAUUUAGAAUCAGCAUUUGGACAGAUUCUUCACCAUAUCCUCUGCUUCUUACAAAACAUGCUGGCUGUAUUACUCACAACUUAAUUGCGGAGAUCCUCUGUUGCACAAAUCAAUACCCAGUCCAAGAAGAAUGUCUUCUAAGUGUUUGUGGGUCUGAUGAAUUCUUACAAAAUAAUUGUACUUUGGGCAGCCAUGAGAGUCUUCGCAAGUCAACCACCUGCAUUCAGCUUCGGCUACACGUCACCACAAAUUUGAAACAAAGUUUGGCUCGAACGUACGAGGAUGACCAAAGACAGUUCAGUGUGAAUCAGCUGUUAGAAUAUACUUGUGCUUGGAGACUGACUCGACUGAACCUUGUCUCAGUUAUUAUGAAAUAUAGAGAUCAAGUGGAGCAUCUAUUGCAAAAUGAGCAGCAUAAAGUUGAUAAUGUGAUUGAAGUUGCUAAAGCAAUCUGCAGUAUCCUCUGCUUUGUGGAAACCAGAGACAUUACUGAUGCAGUCAAGAAACUCCUUGCGGUGCCAUUGGUGAAAGCACAGAAUACACUUCAAUGUGUGGAAACACCAGACAAAGCAUUAAUGGAGGCUGCUGUGACUGAGCUCUCCAUGGCCAUCUCUCGUCUCAUCCAUGUUUACAGCAGCAGCUUUGAAACAGAUUUCCAGCUUGCCAGCAUACCUAAAAACCCUUCAUGUGCAGACAUCAGUCUUGAUUCCCAGCUCAGCUUUACGAUUUAUGCUGCCCAUAACAUACCAGAAGUGUGGGUGAACAGUUACAAAGUUUUUUCUUUUUCCUGUUCACUGACCUACGCUGGGAAGACAAUAUGUCAAGUGAAGAUUUGCAAACGUAUACCAGUUAAAAGAUCCUUCUUUUUCCUGGCAGAGUGGAAUGAGAAAAUCAACUUUCCUCUGCGAAUAAAGGCUCUUCCAAGGGAAACUAUACUGAUAAUAAAACUACUCGGAGUGAACAGUGCUUCUAAAAACACAGAGGUGCUUGCUUGGACAUGCUCCCCAUUGUAUCCAAAAGAGCGGCUCAUCCAUGGAACUGUGCUUCUUAGCAUGAAGUUGGACAGCAUACUUCCAGCAUCAAUGAUUACCCCAGGCAUCUGCAGUACUGAUAUACCAACUUCAGUAACGUUGCAGAUUGACUUUCCAGAAACUAAUUUGGAGUUCAUUAAACCUGAACCUGAAGAGAAAAAAGAUCUUGAAGAGCCAACCAAGGAGUGCCUGAAGCAUAUUGCAAGACUUUCACAGGCACAGUCUCUCUUGCUACUCUCAGAGCAACAGAGAAGAAUCUUAUGGUUUUAUCGUUACUACUGCAAUAAUCAAAAUUGCUCCCUUCCUCUGGUACUGGGCAGUGCACCCAGUUGGGAUCGAACAACUGUAUCAGAAAUGUAUUCUGUCAUGAGGAGAUGGAGAUUUUCUAACCCUCUAGAGGCAUUCGGGCUCCUGACUUUCAGUUUUCCAGAUAAAGAUAUUCGCAGAACAGCAGUCCAACAAAUAGAAAAUCUGUCAAAUGAUGAAUUGCUAGAAUACCUCCCACAGCUGGUUCAGGUGCUUAAGUUUGAAUGGAGUCUUGAAAGCCCUCUAGUAAAACUCCUGUUGCAUCGCUCUCUUCAAAGCACACAAAUAGCCCAUCAACUUUACUGGCUGUUGAAGAAUGCACAGAAUGAAAUUCAUUUCAAAAUCUGGUAUCGGAAACUACUGGCUGCUUUCCAAUUCUCUGCUGGAAAAGCCCUGAACAAUGAGUUUUCUAAGGAGGGGAAACUUCUUAGAAUUUUGGAAGACAUCGCUGAAAAAGUAAAAGCUGCCAGUGACCAAAAAAGAAAGGAGGUGUUAAAGAUGGAACUCAGCAGACUUCAGCAGUUCUUCCAGGAGGUAAAGGUUUGUCGACUUCCCCUGAAUCCUGCACUUGUUGUGCAAGGCAUAGAAGCAGAUUCAUGCUCAUAUUUUACAUCCAAUGCUUUUCCAUUAAAAAUUUCCUUCAUCAAUGCAAAUGCUCCAAGUGGAAACAUCAAUAUUAUUUUUAAGAUAGGCGAUGAUCUACGUCAAGAUAUGCUGGUUCUGCAAAUUAUUCGACUGAUGGACAACAUUUGGCUCCAAGAGGGACUGGAUAUGCAAAUGAUAAUUUAUAAGUGUUUGUCCACAGGAAAAGACCAAGGAUUGGUACAGAUGGUGCCAGAUGCUACCACACUAGCCAAAAUCCACAGGAAAUCUGGACUAAUAGGACCAUUGAAAGAAAACACAAUUAAAAAAUGGUUCCGUCAUCACCAUCAGCUGGAGUCAAGUUACCAAGAGGCAAUAAGGAAUUUCUUUUAUUCCUGUGCGGGCUGGUGUGUUGUCACCUUCAUUCUGGGCAUCUGUGACCGACACAAUGACAACAUAAUGCUGACAAAUGCUGGACACAUGUUCCACAUAGAUUUUGGAAAAUUUUUAGGUCAUGCACAGACAUUUGGAAGUAUAAGAAGGGACCGAGCUUCUUUCAUCUUCACAUCAGAGAUGGAGUAUUUCAUCACAGAAGGUGGAAAAAACCCACAGCGUUUUCAAGAGUUUGUGGAGCUUUGUUGUCGAGCAUAUAAUAUAGUCAGGAAACACAGCCAGUUACUCUUGAAUCUGCUGGAGAUGAUGCUGCAUGCAGGAUUGCCUGAACUGAAGAGCAUUCAGGAUUUGAAAUAUGUCUAUGAUAACCUCCGUCCUCAGGACUCAGACCUCCAGGCUACAAGCUACUUUACAAGGAAAAUAAAGGAAAGUUUGGAGUGCUUUCCCGUUAAGCUCAAUAACUUGAUCCACACACUUGCACAGAUGUCAGUGACAGGCUCUGCAAAGCCUCCAGCUCCAGAGACUGUCCCCCAGGAAUGGAUGAUGCUGAACACAGAGAAGUCAAUUGCAAGAGCCACCAUUUUGGGGUUCAACAAAAAGUCUGACUCCCUAUAUCUAGUCCAGGUGGUACAAACCUGCAAUGUGGUCACUUUUGUGGAGAAAUCGUUUGACCAGUUCUCAAAACUUCACAGCCAGCUCCAGAAGCAGUUUCCAUCAGAGGCACUCCCAGAGUUUCCCCACUCAUGGCAUAUACCUUUUGCAGAUCUUGAACAUAAAAGAGUGAAGGAUUUGAAUCUCUAUCUGAAGCAGCUAUUAAGUGGAUCCAUCAAGAUGGCAAAUAAUGAGCUUGUACUCAGCUUCUUCUUGAAUUGGACCAAAAAAACCUUCACAGAAACAUCAUCAUCUGUGACCUUAGGUCCUCAGUCAACUGAUCAUAAGCCUGGAGUACAAUUAGUCAUAUCUUAUGAGGGCACCCGUCUGACAAUAAUGCUGAAACACAUGAGGAAUAUUCGCCUCCCAGAUGGUUCUGCCCCAAGUGCACAUGCUGAAUUUUAUCUUCUGCCGGACCCUGAUGAGGUCAGUCGAAGGAAAACAAGAACGGUUCCAAAAAGCACUGACCCUACUUACAAUGAAAUUGUUGUGUACAACAAAGUCAUGGAGCUCAAAAGCCAUAUACUGAAGCUUGUUGUGAAAAGCAAAGGAACAUUUGUGGGAGCUGUUAACAUUCAACUGAGUAGUGUCCAGUUAAAUGAAGAAAAAUGGUAUCCACUGGGAAACAGUGUAAUUUAAAUGUUGUCUAAGACAAUUCAAUUAUUUAUCCACUAAUGUUUCUUUAUUCCAUUCUCCAUAGUACAUUUUGUCUCAGUUGCCCUUGAGAAUAUGCGUCAUCUGCUGAUCUUAACAUUUAUAAUCGUAAGGCUAUUGUCUUAAAAUUGCUACCUUCUUCUUACAACAGAUUCCUUCUUGUGUGAGUUUAAGAAAUCACAUGCUGUAGCAAGCAACUUGUAGCUGCAUGCAGGUAUUCUUAUGACAGCAAUAAAGAUUUUAGUUUUAUUCAUAUGAAAUAGUACACUAAAACUUCCGAAUUUAGUACACAUCAAGCAUGAGUCAGAGCGUAGUUCUUUGUCUACUAAUUCCACUAAGUGUGUUGAAACAAUGCUGAUAAUGGUGCAAUUUAUCAUUGACCUCUGUGACCCACUGCAUAUGACAAUUUACCAGAGAGAUUCAUGGAAUGGUUUCCUGGGUGCAAAUACAUUUCAGAAGUCUAGCAGAUUUCAUAUUAAAUCUUACAAAAUCCAUACCUUUAAAAACAAACAAUAAUAAUUAAAAAAGAAAUAGCAACUUUGCACUUCAGACAUUUUGUGCUGUAUAUGUUGGUGUGCUUUUAAGUGUUUAUAUAAUGCAACUUUAAAUCCAGGAUAUUAAUUUGUCAAUAGGAUACUUCCAACAUUUCUUUCAUUCUGACAUCGGAGAACCAGACACAACUGGUCAAUUUUGGGAAGAAAGGAGGAGGUAGGGGCUAAUCACAAAUAAAUAAAGCAUUGAAUAUGA